UGUAACUAUACCGGAAAUAGUCAUAGCGGCGCGAUUGCUUUCUUACACUCUCAUACCGGAAGUUAGUUGUGACUCAGGAAACAUGGCGGCGGUGACAGUGCGCUCAGCACCAGUUGGUGGCUUUGACUUCGCGAACUGCAGGAGAAAUGGCCUUCUAGAAAAUGAGUUUACUCACAAAGGACACAAGUUGCCUGCGGCUCGGAAAACUGGGACCACCAUUGCUGGCAUUGUGUUCAAGGAUGGUAUUGUACUCGGCGCUGACACGAGAGCCACUGAAGGCAUGAUUGUAGCCGAUAAGAACUGCGCUAAAAUCCACUACAUAUCGCCCAAUAUCUAUUGCUGUGGGGCCGGAACUGCCGCUGAUACGGAAAUGACCACGCAGCUCAUCUCCUCCAAUCUAGAGCUGCAUGCUCUGUCCACAGGACGUCUGUCUAGAGUGGUGACUGCCAAUCGCAUGCUCAAACAGAUGUUGUUUAGGUACCAGGGGUAUAUUGGUGCUGCACUGGUGUUAGGAGGGGUGGACAGUGCCGGGCCUCAUCUUUACAGCAUAUAUCCUCAUGGCUCCACAGAUAAACUUCCCUACGUCACCAUGGGUUCCGGCUCUCUGGCAGCGAUGGCGGUAUUUGAAGAUCGAUACAAACCAGACUUAGAGGAGGAAGAAGCAAAGCAGCUGGUUCGUGACGCCAUUGCUUCUGGUAUAUUUAAUGAUUUGGGAUCUGGUAGUAACAUUGAUCUGUGUGUUAUCACCAAGAACAAGGUGGAUUACAUCCGUCCACACGAUCAGGCCAACAAGAAGGGAGUGAGAACAGGAAGUUACAAGUACAAGAAAGGAACCACAGGAGUCCUGUCGGAAAAAAUCACUCACUUUAAACUGGACACUGUGGAAGAAUCUGUGCAAACCAUGGACAUCUCUUAAUGUUGGGGUAGUGACUAGUGCAUGUGUUUAGUAGUAUGUUCUAUUCUGUCCAGCCUUUGCUGCUUGAUGAAAUAACCAAUUAAAGAGAAGUCAAACAUUCUAA